AAUGAGAACAAAGUAAAACAUCUGACUGUCUCACUCUGUGUGUUGGUUUGUCUGAAAGCCUUUGUUUUUGGAGUCGACUUGUAACAGCGUUGUGUUAGGUUGGUUUUAAGCUGCAUUUGUGUCUGCAGCAAUUACUUAAUCUAGCAUCCUGUUCCCUGUGGGGGUUGUGAGGUAAUCUUGAAUACCUUAAUAAGAUUUCAGUGUCUACGACCACUAUUCUGCUUGCUGGCACAUUGAGUCUGAGGAUCCCUCAUCAACAACAACAUGUUAGAAUUUGAUACGGCAAAGAUACAGACAACAGACAGACCAUGUCAGGAGGUUUGAUUCUUAUAACAAUGAACUAAAACAGAAAUACUGUUACCGGACAGACAGAGCGGAAUUCCACCAUUCGGCCAUGGAGGGGUCAACUGCCAGGAAAGUGCGUUGUUUUCUUUUACCUUUACUCGUGGCGCCGUGAGUGAGUCUACGUCUGGUGAUCAUCCAUCAGAGGUGUUGUUGAAUGCAGUCAGGGUGUUUGUGUGUUCUCAGUGGGAUUACAGCUGUGGUUGAUUUUUGAAUUCUUUAUGUCCUGUGGACUAAAUGCUCGACGAGUUAAUUCAUUCAUAAACCUGCUCUAGUUGAGGUGAGAAGUGCUGUCAUCGGCGUUUUCAUCUAUCAAACACAAGACAUAUACAAUAUAUCAAGUGUUUUAUUGAUUUUUAUACUUACUUAAAUGCUUCAUUAAAUAUCAAACUAUCACAUUUGUAGUACUUCAGAAAACUGAGCCUCGUUUUGCAUGUAGACACGAGGCAUGCCACUAUUCUCACAUAAAAACCAUAGAACAAACCAUGCUGAUGUUUCUGAAUGUAAAAUAAUUUCAAGGAGUCAGCUGGUGAUACUACAAUUUAGGGAAAGAGGACUGGUGAGGUUAUUGAUUUUGCUGGAAUCCUGCAGGCUCUGACUGGAACAAUGACUUCAAUCGGGUCAGAGAUUCACCAGCUCAAACUCUCUGCAAUCGCCAAAAGAGGACGAGGAGGCUUAUUUCUGUGACGGGAAGAAUAAAAGACACAAACUCAAAUUCAGUCCUGGGCGCAAAGUAUAUGAAGGCAGAGUUUCAUCAGUGACAACACACAGCAUCGACCAUCUGUUACUCGGUCAAUAGGAUCCUUCACUCCUGAUUAUCCGGUGUCAGUGGGUGUGGCAGAGGCCUCUGUCUGAUUACAACGCAAUGUCAUGUUUAGCUUUUACAUCCUGUUGCUACAUCUUGUGUGUAAUAAAUGCAGAUAUUUACACAAUUUUCCUUUUUGAAUUACCGGUGGAAUUUCGGUCAUGUUUGGCCAAACCUUCAUCACAGCGGACACCAGGAUACGGACAUCAUAAAAAAGAGACCUCUGUUGGCCGCCAUCGGAUUACCCGUCAGUCCACGGCGGACCGCGACGGCGACGAGGGCGUCACGCCCAGCAAACUGAACGGCUCCUCGGUGGAGACGCCGAGCUACCAGAACCUGCAGCGGGAGCUGCUGCUCAGCCACAAACGGGGUCUGGUGCUGGAGGAGAAACCAGAGCUGACACGAGUGUUGGAGCAGCGGAGGCUGGAGCUGCACAAGGAGGAGGAGAUGGCUCAGCGGAGGCCCUCAGAUCUGGAGACGGAGCUGCGCAAGAGGCAACAGAAGAUGCAAGAGUAUGAGCAGGAGGAGAUCAGACAGCGGGAGAACCAGCAGAAGAUCCCAGAGUUUGUGCGUGUGAAGGACAACCUGAGGCGGACACAAACGUCUGAGCAGUGAGGCCCCGCGGAGCCCAUCGGCCCCCGCUGCAUCUCACCGCUGAGGCCCUGUCUUCAUGUCAACUGUCUGCUGAAUGUGGCGACAUAAAAUAUUACAGAGGCACCAGUUAACUGCACAUAGUGAAUUUACCAUUACAUUUUGAAAUAUCAGAAUUUGUUGACGAUCAUGCAUGGCAAGAAAGACAUGUUUAGAAACGUCUUCUUAAGCUCUGAUAAAGGAAAGAAGCUCUUGUUUUUUAUUCAUAACUAUGUGGAUCAGAAUUUGUUGUGGUAAAGAAUUGAGAUUUUAAAAGUGUUUUUUAUGGUCAUUAUAUUAUUUUUCAACUUAUCAUGCUUUCUCCUGGAUUACAAGACUGUGGAAAUAUUUUGUUGUUUGUUUACUGUAAGGGCCACACAAUUAUUUACUGUAUGAGACCUCUAUACAAUUAAAAACAUUUCUAAACAGAACUAUUUUGCAUUAAUAGAAAUACACCACAAAUCUCCUCAAAUCUCAAAUCUGUUUCUAUCGUGACUUUAGAUUUUUAGUGUGUCCAUGUGUUGUGAAAAUAAAGGCUCUACGGUUUGCA